CCACAAAAUCUUUCUUAGAGCAAACUUUCUCUUGUCUCUUUCCUUCCUCCUUUGAACACAUUUCCCUUAGCUAUAAAGGACUAACCCUUUGACAUAUAAGAACAAGUACACGACAUAAAGUUGCAAAGAGCGGUCCAUGGACAAGAAAAAGUCAGUAGCUGGUUCAUCUUCAUCCUCCUCUUCUUCAUCUUUCGAUCAUCUUUUUGGUCCAAGAGUCUCUUCCUCGUCUUCUUCAUCAACAACAGGAUUGUUCCAAUCCAUUUUCUCACCGCCCUCAAUUGGGACGCAAGCGGACUUGGCAAAUCGAAAUGGAGCUACCAUUUAUGAACAUUCGAAUUUUGGGAUUUCAUAUGAAAGAGGAGAAAGGAGAAAAAAUAAGGAGAAAAAGAAUUACCAAAAUGAAGAAACACAACCACCAUGCAACUUGAGUUCAUCCAUUUACUAUGGAGGCCAAGAAAACUAUCCUUCUUCAACACCACCACAAUCAACAAACAAUCCAAAUGCUUAUAAGAAAGAUGGAGAGGAAGGCGAUUCUGAAAGUGCUUCAAGAGGAAACUGGUGGGAAGGAUCAGUUUACUACUAAGUAUCAAUUCUAGCCGAUGAUGCACUAUAAACAAAGGAACCCUAAUCAAGUGAAUAUGGAAGUUGACGUGCUGAAAUAUACCUAACGUUGAAAAGAAUAUUCAUAUAUAUAAGAAGUAAUGGAAAAUUAUAUAGAUGUCUUAUUAAAAAAAAGAGAAGAAAAAUAUCGUAUAAUAUAUUAUAAGAUGAGAUUAACGUCUAUUUGACUAUGUAAUAUAAAGGGAGUAGACUCGUUCUUUUUUUUUUGCAAACAAGUAGACUCGUUCUUGUUGUUCUUUUAUGUUUCGACGAAGGCAACAAGUUAUACAAUUCUCUUUUUACUGAAAUCAAAGCCUA